CAUUGCUCAGCGAGUUACUGGAUUCUGGAGCCAUGAGUGGGUGCCCGUUUUGGGGGAACAAAUAUCAAUUUAAUUUUAAUAAACUGUCUUUGGAAGAUGAGGAAGAAAACAAGUCACAAGAAGGGCUGAAUAAAGCCAGCAAAGGUGGACUUAUCUAUGGCGACUAUCUACAUCUGGACAAAAUAUUGAAUGCUCAGGAGCUGCAGAGUGAAAAAAAGGGAAACAAGAUCCAUGAUGAGCAUCUUUUCAUUGUGACUCAUCAAGCUUAUGAACUUUGGUUUAAGCAGAUUCUGUGGGAACUGGACUCAGUUCGGGUGAUCUUUCAGAAUGGUCGUGUGAGAGACGAGAGAAAUAUGCUCAAGGUCGUUGCUCGAAUGCACAGAAUUUCAAUGAUCCUUAAAUUACUUGUGGAGCAAUUUUCAAUUCUAGAAACUAUGACUGCAUUGGACUUCUUUGAUUUCAGAGAUUACUUAAGCCCAGCAUCAGGUUUUCAGAGCCUGCAGUUUCGCCUAUUAGAGAAUAAGAUUGGUGUCCCACAGAGCCUGAGAGUCCCUUAUAACAGAAGGCAUUACCGUGACAACUUCAAGGGACAUGAGAAUGAACUGCUGCUUAAAUCAGAGCAGGAGCCAACACUUCUGCAGUUAGUGGAGGCAUGGCUAGAAAGAACACCAGGACUAGAACCAGAAGGAUUUAAUUUCUGGGGAAAAUUGGAAGUGAAUGUUUUAAAAAGUCUAGAAAAGGAACUGGCAAUGGUUCAGGCCAAACAAGAGUCAGAGGAAAAAGAGGACCUACUGGCUGAACUUCAAAAACAAAAAGAGGUUCUGAUUUCAUUAUUUGAUGAAAAACGCCAUGAACAUCUUCUUAGUAAAGGAGAAAGAAGACUCUCUUAUAAAGCAUUGAAAGGAGCUUUAAUGAUCUACUUCUACAGAGAGGAGCCUCGCUUUCAGGUUCCCUUUCAGCUUAUUACUUCUCUCAUGGAUAUUGAUAUACUCAUGACCAAAUGGAGAUACAACCAUGUCUGCAUGGUGCACAGAAUGAUUGGCAGCAAGGCUGGCACUGGAGGAUCAUCAGGCUAUCAGUAUUUGCGCUCAACAGUGAGUGACAGGUACAAGGUGUUUGUAGAUUUGUUCAACCUCUCAACUUUUUUGGUGCCGAGACACUGGAUACCAAAGAUGAACCCAACUAUUCAUAAAUUCCUUUACACAGCAGAAUAUUGUGACAGCUCCUACUUUAGUAGCGAUGAUUCAGAUUAA